GAGACAGUGCACAGCAUCAGUUCUAUUUUUUUUCCUCCAUAAAUUCAAAAAAUCUCGUGUGCUACGACUGCUACGCUACGCGCGCGAGUUUCUUCUGUUUGUGUGCAACGCAUUGCAGGAAUAUAUAGUUUUUCGACAGGAAUAUCCGGGGAAUGGUGCAAUAUAGAAAAUGUCGAAAGUAGAGAGAAAAGAAUAUCAAGAAACGAAGGUGACGCGAACAUUAUCGCCCACAAGGAAUUAUAGCUCGAAUCAAAAUUUAUCGCAAUUCGAUAGCAACUUAGAUUAUCUUCUAGAAGAUCUCCAGAACUCAGUUUCGCGACCCGGUAGCUCCCUAGGAUACACCAAUGGAGGAACUGGGAGUCACGCAUACAGGGAUACAACUCGCGCAGUCGACACAGGCAGAAGUAACUCGCUAAGUAGAAUUAGCAAUAUCAAAUCUUCGAAUCCAAUGUCAGAAUACUCUUCAGAUGAUACAUAUAGUUAUAAAAGUCCAGAUGGAAGACAGACAGUUAGUGGUUACAAAAAAGAAAAAUAUAUGUAUGGAACCAGCACUUCGGAUAUUACACCUGAAAAAUUAAGGGCGCAAAAUAGUAUUAACCAAUUAGACAAUCUCCUAGAUGAUUUACAACAAGUCAAGAACUCAUCUUUUUUGAAAACAGAAUCUUAUAAUAGCUCUGGACCUGAUCCAAAUUAUCAAAGUUCAGUAUCGAAAAAAAACGUUAACAGAGAACUCCACUACGGCGACACUCCCUUAAGGACGCAAACUCUGGAAAGAGAAGGCGAAACCAUAAAAAGAGACAUCCAAUAUUUGAGCGAAGGUACUUAUAAGGAACGCACGACUCGUCCAGUGUCACCGGUUGUUAAUUCUAGAACAUCUACACUCAGUAAACAAACCAAAGUGAGCAACAUACAUGACUAUCCCGUAGAAGUUGUCGAAACCGUAGCUCCGGAAAUUGAUGCGGAGGUUUUGGCCCACAUAGACCCUAAUUUACGGCCUCCAGGUAACACCAAGGUAACUACGACCAUCAAAACUUACACCUACGAAAUUCCCGGUUCCGGGGAAUUCCCGACGAAUUUGACCCUCAACGAUUCGAGCGCAAGCGAACAGAAAUAUGUAUAUUCUCCCAAUCAAACGAUAACCACGCCCAGCAAGAGUUUUGUGUACAAUAAAGUGGAAAACAAGGAAAAUACCGUAUACCAGGAUUAUCCGCCAUAUCAAAAACCCACUUCUCCAGGUGGCGUUCUAGUCAAAGAAACGAUAACAACUCGCAACUAUCAACCAGGUUACAGGGUAGACAGAUCUCCUCCCACUACCAAUCAAACAUACAUCUACAACGAGACCAAUCAGACGACGGAAAACGUGGAAAACGGCUUUCCACCCCCACCGCCGCCACCCAGUAAGGAAACUUACAUUUUUAAGGAGAGUAAUACCGUCGUGAAUAAAAAGGACGUGCCUAGGUAUCCUGAUAAUUAUCCUCCUGGUGGUAAGGAUAGUUAUUAUUUAAAGGAGACGCAUACUACGACGAAUAAAAAUGACGUGCCGUUUUCUGAAAGGGGAUAUCCCGUCUAUAAUCCACCAGAUGGUCGAAACACUCCCAGCACCACCUACUACCUAAAAGAAACCCACAACACGUCGACCACCAACCGCCCAGGUUCCCCGUACCAAAACGGCUACCCCCCAAGCGAUUCACCCAACAAAACCAUCAUCUACAAAAACGAAACUCAAACUACCAACAACACGUACGGUCCCAACCGUCCUAAGACGCCGGAAGUGGAAUCCUUCGAUCCCAAACACCCGCCGUACCCAUACAAGAACAAACCCAAUGAGCCCAUCAACAUCCAUUACUCAUACAAGUCGACCAGCAAGACGGAGAAUAAUUAUAAAGGGGGAUAUCCCAACGGGGAGACGGAGCUGCUGUUGCCGAAGAAGUUUCCCACUGACGACGGACCGGAUGGACCGCCGAAAAAAUUGGACGAUCUCAUGGCUACUAUAGGACACGAACCACCAACGAGUCCCUUGAACGUCGGUUUCCUACAAGCCGAACAGGAAAGAGCCCACCAGAAAAAAGCCGAUACUCUUAAGAGGCAAGCCACCGAAGCUGAAGACUUGCAAAAGAAAGAACCACCAUCGAAAACGAAGAACGUUUCCGGCCCUCCGGUUUACUAUCCACCCGGCGAUAUGUUCCUCAAAAAAGAGGAAGGGGAGGCCGCCUGGAGAGCACAGGGAGGAUAUGCCAAAGCGUCAGGAAAGUACCAGUACGAAGCAGAGAGUAAAAGCAAAUCAAAGAGUAGCAGUGGAGCCACGGUGGUUCCAGUGUGUCUGCCGUUGUGCUGCGGUCUACCUUGUACAAUUUUGUAAACAUUAUACAUACCUUGUUCUUAUUUAAAAUGUACUAAGAAUUCUUAAAGUGCCUUAUUUAGAAACAAAAACAUACAAGGCGACUCAUUUCUAAUCACCUUGUAUAAUUUAUUACGGAAAAUAACAAUUAAAACUAAUGCUUUUCAAUAAACCGUAUAUUUAAGAGGCUGUAUAUAGUUGUACUUAUUAGCAAUAUGAAAGAAAAUAAUCCAAUGGGGUUAAAUCGGAAGAUUUUGUAGGUCUUAUAAAAAAUAAUCAGUGAACUUUUUCAGUCACAUUUAAAUGUUUUCUUGCUAGCUUUCAAUAUUGCCAGACUUAAGCCUAAUGGAUUAUUUUGAGAUGACCUUAAAAUUUGCCAAAUUUAAAUAUGGCAGUUUAAAUUAGGUAGAAAAGCCUCUUUUUGUCAUUUUUAUGGUGCUAUGAAUUGUUUUGUUAAAAAUACCUCAAUAGUUUUAUUUCAUUUAAAGGAUACUGAUAAAUAACACUGAAACAAAUAAUACAAAAUUCUAAAACUUACCGCGGUAUCAAAACCAUGAUAUUAAAUUAACUCGAAUCGUAAAAUCUAAGUAAAUAGUUUAAAUUUAACUCAAACAUUACCUUAUUGUAAAAUUUGUAAUUUUUCUCAGUGUACAUAAAUUGUUGAUUUGGUAUAAGAAGCUUUAAAACUCUCAAAAUGUAUUUUAUUCGUUUUAUUCAUAAAUAUUUAAAUAACAAUCUUGCCUGUUAACACAUUGUGUCUAAUUAAAAAAAAAAGUAUUUUAUUAUAAAAUAAAUUAUUAAAAAACUAUUUACUGUGCGUUUGAAUUUUGACUCCUAUCCUGAGACAGGCCAAGUAAUACACAAUCAGCUUCUAGUAGGGUUAAGUCCUUUUCAAAGCCUAAAAACUUUGAUGACAAUUCUAAUUCCUUUAUCAUUAAUCUCACUUUCGCUCCUCUAAUGUAGUUC